CUCAGACAGCACUGAGUUGGGGAAUUAAGGAGGCUGUGCCUCCGGGUUGAGCGAAGAGUCGAAGUCCUUUCUCAGAAACCUCUGAUAGGUGGGCCUUAGAGGAAACGACGCCGGUAACAGAGCUGGGCUCCAUAUUUCAUUGUACAUUCAUUUUUAAUGUUCCCACUGCCUUAGAGCACUGCAAAAAUCAGGAAACGCAUUCCUGGCUGUCUGCUUGGGAGAGACAUAGAAAUUGGCACUUCUCUGGGUGAAGAUGAGGAAAAGGCUGUAAAUCAGCCAAAAGAGCCUUGAAGUACUCUUUUGGCGUGAGACAGCGAUGCUGAUGGAAGGAGGUGAACACCACAGGGGAAGAUGGCUACCAGCUUCGGUCUCGUGUAGCAGCAGCUCCAGCUUCUGAGCCAGGCCCUCCGGGAUGUGCCACUAGACCACCAUGGACGGAGCCCACAGCGCAGCCCUGCAGCUGAAGCAGCUCCUGCCCACAAGUAGCGCCGACGCCGUGAGCGAAGCGUCCUUCUCCUACAAGGAAAACUUAAUUGGAGCCCUUUUGGCGAUUUUCGGGCAUCUUGUGGUCAGCAUUGCGCUUAACCUCCAGAAGUACUGCCACAUCCGCCUGGCAAGCUCCAAGGACCCCCGGGCAUAUUUCAAGACCAAGACAUGGUGGCUGGGCCUGUUCCUGAUGCUGCUGGGCGAGCUGGGUGUGUUUGCCUCCUACGCCUUCGCUCCGCUCUCGCUGAUCGUGCCGCUCGGCGCAGUCUCUGUGAUCGCUAGCGCCAUCAUAGGAAUCAUAUUCAUCAAAGAAAAAUGGAAACCAAAAGACUUUCUGAGGCGCUACGUCUUGUCCUUUGUUGGCUGCGGUUUGGCUGUCGUGGGCACCUACUUGCUGGUGACAUUCGCCCCCAACAGUCAUGAGAAGAUGACAGGCGAGAACAUUACCAGGCACCUCGUGAGCUGGCCUUUUCUCUUGUACAUGCUUGUGGAGAUCAUUCUGUUCUGCUUACUGCUGUACUUCUACAAGGAGAAGAACGCUAACAACAUUGUCGUGAUUCUUCUCUUGGUGGCGUUACUCGGCUCCAUGACAGUGGUGACAGUGAAGGCGGUGGCUGGGAUGCUUGUCUUGUCCAUCCAAGGGAACCUGCAGCUCGACUACCCCAUCUUCUACGUGAUGUUCGUGUGCAUGGUGGCCACGGCCGUCUAUCAGGCCACCUUUUUAAGUCAGGCUUCACAAAUGUACGACUCGUCUCUGAUUGCCAGUGUGGGCUACAUUCUAUCCACAACUGUCGCCAUCACCGCAGGCGCAAUAUUUUACCUGGACUUCAUUGGGGAGGAUGCACUGCACGUCUGCAUGUUUGCACUGGGGUGCGUCAUUGCAUUCUUGGGCGUCUUCUUAAUCACCCGCAACAGGAAGAAAGCCAUUCCAUUUGAGCCCUAUAUUUCCAUGGAUGCCAUGCCAGGUAUGCAGAAUAUGCAUGACAAGGGAAUGGCAGUCCAGCCUGACCUCAAAGCUUCUUUUUCCUACGGGGCCCUGGAAAACAAUGACAACAUUUCUGAGAUCUAUGCUCCUGCCACACUGCCCGUCAUGCAAGAAGAACACGGCUCCAGGAGUGCCUCUGGGGUUCCCUACCGAGUCCUGGAACACACCAAGAAGGAAUGAGCCCACCUUGAAGGAGACUCACCUCCCCUCCACUUAUAACUGCUCAAGCUGUGCUGACAGUGGUUUAACUCUUUAAUUCGACAACCUGCCUUUCAGGUCUUCUUUUUUUUAACUGAGAACUCUAUGGACGGGGAUCUUGAAAAGGCUUUGUCUCUGGAAAAGGAUAUGUUAUCUUGGUCUUGGAAAUUUUGAUCGUUGCGUGUGGGUUCGGGGUUGAUGGGAUGAGCUGACAGCAGUAUUCCAGGUGGGUGGUAGGGAAUCCAGCCUCUGCCUGGUUUAGCCCAUCCUGGAAAGGCUUUAUCACCCUCCAGGAUGGUAACUGAGCUCCCUCAGUCAACGACCAAAGGUUGCCACAUUCUUCAGAGCUAAAGCGAGGCACAGAUUCUGCUCUUACUUUUCAAAUCCAGUGACCGGCUGGAGACCGCUAAGUCUGGGCUUCCCCACCCUCACGUGCAGGCCUGAUCUCUACCCGUCUCACUCGUGAUUCUAUAUUUGCAAUACCAUUUGUGUUAGCUUCACGUGGCCUCGUGGGCCAGCCCUCGGUGGAACAGUCUAUCAUUUGCCUGUGGGAAAUGCACUUCUGCCUCCCCAUUGUCUAUGCCCUGCCAGUGAAAAUGGGCUUGAAGUGUUUAUGGCAUGGGAUCUACUCUGAAAUCUAAUUUGGUUUUGGUUCUGUGAACUACUAGAUUGCUUCGUCCCACCCUCCCCCAAAGGAACUGGGAAGUUAAGAGAAGAAAGGAAAGGACAGGAGCAGAGUGAUGACACUUCAGCCCAUAAGGGAGGAAGAAUGCUUUUCCAUCUUACGAAAGGUGACUGCAUCACUUAUAAAAGGAUAGACAGAAAACUGGCUGUUUUGCAUGCACACCAGUACCCUCCAGGAAGGGUGGGGGUGUUCAUUUCAGAGACCCCCUUCUCCCACCUCCCCUCCAUCCUCUCCUUGAUAGAUCGACACGCCAAGCUUAAACUAUUGGUUAAUUUUCUUGGAGUCGAUUGAGACUCUUUGGGUCCUUCUCCCCAUGCAGGUGUCUGGGCGACACAAGCGUUCUCAGAGACAGGGCUGCUGCCUUCUUUCUGGCCGCAGACACUCUUUCCCCUAGACCCACUGUAUACUUUUAAGAAUGGCAGGUAAAGGUUUGCAAACUUUAAUGAGCAUAAGGCUCCCCCCGGGUGUUUAUUUAAAAAUGCAAAUUCCUAGACCCCAACCACAGAUUGGUUUAAGUGGGACUGGGGUGGGGCCCAAGAGUUUGCAUGCUUAACUGGCAGCACAGGUGAUUCUGAUGCAGGUAAUCCAAGCAUCGCGCAGUUGAGAGCCUAGUAAUUGAGAGACAUGUUCUGUUAAAACCCCAGGCGCCUGAUACACUUCUACUGGAGAGUUGAAAUUACCAUUCCUUGUUUCCUCCCUGGGGUUCACUUGGCAAGUCAAAUAAUCCCCGUGGAAUCCGCGGCAUUUCUCCAUUCAUCGAUUACCACUCAGAGCUACACUUACUGCUUCCCUCCACAGCCUUUAACUAAUAGGCAAGAUAACAGUGUUAAUAGACCAGUGCUGCUAGAUCAUUAACCUUUAUCGAUUAUGCUUAAUACUGAUUUAGUAACUUGACUUCAAAAACUGACUGUUGCCUGUGGUAACCACUGCUGUAUUGUGUCUUAACCACUUCUGUAUUGUGUCUUACGUGCCCUAAGAGGGCAACAGACAAUGACUAACUUUCUCCCUUUUAGGACAGGUAUCAAAUCAACAACAUUUAUGAGGCACUUACUAUUUGUUAAGCAUUUGGAUGGUGAGGGCAGAAACGAAUAAGAAUGGUUCCUGCACUCCAGGCCAGCAGGGGGAGACACAAAUACCUGGGAAACUGACAGUACAGACCAGUGCAACUGCAGACCACAGAAAAAUGGGAGUUCUGCUACAGGUCAGGCCCUGAGCCUAGAACGGGGUAUGCAAAAUAGAGGUGAUUUUGGCCCCACUCAUUGAUGGGUGGCAAAUCGAUCUAAGAUUUGGGCAAAGCAUAAAAAGUAGAGUGAUCACUCCUCAGGCAGAGGGGCCGGCAUUGGCAAAGGCACAGAGAUAGAAAGUGGAGACAGCAAGAAAAGGAGAGCCAGGGAAAGUGGUGGGAGAUGAGCCUGGAAAAGAUAAGCGGUGGAAGCCAAGUCAUGGAGGGCCUUGAAUGUCUGGCAGAAGAGUUUUAAAGUAUAUUCUAGGGGGCACAGGAGCCAUUGAUGGUUCAUGAGGAAGAGAACAGCGGGAUCAGCACUGACUGGAAAGGGGGCCUUAUGCAGUGUGGAGGAAGGAUUUGAGGGAUCAUAAACAUCACUUUUCAAGGUCAGGCGGCAAGCCUACAGGAACAGGACAGAAAAGGGGGAUGAAAAUUCAGUUUCGUUGCUAUUGAGAGGAGGAGGACAUCAACUUUCCAUUCACAUCCCUGAUUCUUUAUUUUUUUUCUCAUGGCUCUCACAUCCCCAAGCCUUCUUGAAUGUUCCAAGCAUCAUUGAAUAUCACUCCUCCAUCUCUUUCCUAGCAGCCAGGAAGUUAAACUUGGGUUUAAACUUUUCAGUUGUUCUGUGGUCUUCCUGUCCCCAAUCCCCUCGUCUAGUGGCUGGGAUUCUGGCUUACUUAGCAGACAUUAGAACCAGUCUUUCGCAGACUGGUGCCUGCGGGUCUUGACAAGAGUUCAGCCCCCCGACCCCUCCUAUGAAGCUGCAGGUCUGAGGAUGCCAUCACAUUAAGCUUCCAGAUCAAAUGGGGGGUUUGCAGUGUGGAAUUAAACGCUGGGUAGAGAAGGGAGGACUGACAUCUCCAUUGAUUUUCUGAUGCAAACCAGCCAGCUUGAUCGUGCUGUGUGAAUGCAAGACGUCCGUCAGGGUAGUGUUGGGGAACCUCCACCCUGCAGCCUUGUGAAUUCUAAAUCUGGGCCAACACUGGCUGAUUGACAAAAAGAAUUUACUGUGUGUUUCUCUGAGAAGCUGUGUAAAUGAAGUCAUCUUAGAAUAUAUUCUAUGUGGAUGCUUAUAUUUUGUUAAUUUCAUGACUACUACGGCAUGUCUUGUUUUUCAAAAAAAUGUGUGUGCUAGGUGCAAAUAAAAUUAUGAAGUAGUAUUUAAUUUUAAAACAACCCAUGUGAUACCUGUUGAGUUUGCGUCUUAUAUUUGGUUAAUACUUUCUCGAGUUACCCAGAGCAGUGCUGUCUGGUAGAACUUUUCUGUGAUGAUAGAAAUGUUCUCUACCUGUGCCUGCCCAGUAUGGCCCAGCCGUGAUCCACAUCCAUGCUGACUGAAAUAAA